CUGCUGCUACUCCAAUCAACGUGGAGCUGCUGUCUUGGCUUUCUGUCGUUUUUCUUUUCGAGAGCAGAGGACCAGCUCAACCCCGUAGGUGAUCGUAGUUGACCGUGACCGUGAACGUGACUCCCGGAGUCACCUCCAAUUAAAAGAAAGAGAAAGAGUAAAAUAGCAAGAUGAGAAUCUGGACACUUGGAUUACUACUGCUCUUUUGUGGAGCAUCGACGCUGCAGGCUGCCACUGAUAAGGUGGUGUGCUAUUUUGGCAGUUGGGCGACGUAUCGUAUAGCGAAUGGCAAGUUCAACAUUGAGGACAUCAAUCCGAACUUGUGCACCCAUAUUAUCUACACCUUCGUGGGAUUGGAUGCAAGCAAUAGCAUGGUGAAGGUGCUGGAUCCAUGGGGUGACGUAACGCUACAGGGAUUCAAACGAUUUGUCGGGCUGAAAUCGCAGAAUCCACAGGUAAAAUUAAUGAUUGCUAUCGGUGGAUGGGGCGAGGGUUCAUCUGCCUACUCGGCAAUGGCAUCGUCAGCAGUAUCCCGCAAGGCAUUCAUCGAAUCGGUCGUGACAUUAAUGAAAACGUACGGUUUCGAAGGAUUCGACAUUGAUUGGGAAUAUCCAACACUGCGUGGAGGAUGGCCUGAGGAUCGGGUCAACUUCGUAACGCUGCUCAGUGAGAUGAGAACGCGUUUCGACAAGGAAGGCUACUUGCUGUCGAUUGCAGUUGCCGCGACGAAAGAUUACCACCGGUCAGCUUACAACGUGCCCGAGAUCAACAAAUAUGUGGAUUUCUUGAAUCUGAUGUCGUACGACUUACACGCAUAUUGGGAUGCGCAGACGGGACAUAACGCGCCGCUGUAUGCUGCCAGGUGGGAAACGGAUUCCUUCACCAGUACGCUCAAUGUGGAUGCCUGCGUUCGCGGUUGGCUUGACGAUGGGUUCGAUGCCAGCAAACUGAUUAUGGGUGUCCCGAUUCACGGACACACCUUCACGCUGGCCUCCACGGCAGACACUGGAGUCGGUGUACGGACAAUUGGCGGAGGAACCGCCGGUCCUUACACCCUGGAGUCAGGCACAUUAUCGUACUUGGAAAUCUGCGAACGAAUGAAGACUGGUUAUACGAAACGCUGGGACGAUAUCCAGAAGGUUCCCUACGCUUUCUUGGGAAAUCAAUGGAUCUCCUUCGACGACGUGACCUCAAUUGGACUCAAGGUAGACUACGCGAAGAGCAUGGGACUGGGAGGAGUGAUGGUGUGGUCCCUCGAGUCGGAUGAUGAUCGGAAUGUGUGUGGUGAAGGAGCCUAUCCAAUCACCAGUAAAGUCUACAAUGCCGUGUUUGGAUCUACAGGGCCGAUAAUCACGACGACAACGACAAAGCCCGUGGUUACUACCACAACUACAGCCAAACCUGUGACGACUACAACCACAGCCAAGCCCGUGAUUACUACCACAACCAAGCCAGUGAUUACUACCACAACCACAACCAAGCCUGUGGCAACUACGACGCCAGCAUCGGGUGCAUUGGUUUGCAAGAGCGGAUUUGCGAAGGAUCCCUACGAUUGCCAGUACUUCUAUCAAUGCAAUCCGUCAGGAGCUGCAAUUGUCAGCUGGCGGUUCAAAUGCCAAACGGGACUCUAUUUCGACGACAAGAAUGGGUACUGCAACUGGCAGUACCUAGUCAGUUAUAGGAUGUUUUGCUUCUACAAAGCUGGAGCCAAAUAUCGCGUGGGCAAUGGCCGUGUAGCGAUUACUGAUCUGAACCCUCAACUGUGCACUCACCUGGUCUACCAGUACGUGAGCCUAAUGACCUACGGAGCCAUUGAAACGCUCGAUCUGGACACAACCGAACUUCAGCAGUUCAUCAAUCUAAGAACAAACGCUCCCUCGUUAAAGGUAUUGGUCUCCAUUGGCGGUCCAUCGCAGGCUUCCAAAACUGUGUCAUCUCUGUUGUCGAUUGUAUCCCUUCGGAAGGCAACCGUCACGGCAAUCGUCAACUUCGCUAAACAGUACGAUCUAGAUGGAAUCGACUUCCACUGGCAGUAUCCCGUACUAUGGGGUGGCAACGUAGUCGAUAGGGCUAACUUUGUGACAUUUAUUUCGAUGUUGAAAGACGAACUCAAGGUGACUGGAAAACUGUUGACCAUUUCAGUCGCUCCCACGAAAGACUACUUCCUGUCGAGCUACAACGUUCCGGAGUUGAACAAGUACGUCGACUAUGUAAAUGUUAUGGCAUUCGAUUUGCGAGCAUACUGGGGUGCCCGGACGGGACACAAUGCAGCAGUCUAUCCGGCGACGUUUGAGACAUCCGGUAUCGAAAAGGAACUGAAUGUGGACACUAUUCUGAAGGGAUGGAUAACUGCGGGCUUGGCCAGCUCGAAAAUCAUCCUCGGAGUGACCACGGAGGGUCACAGUUUCAAGCUUGCUAAUCCGAAUGCUCACGGGAUUCAGGACAGGACGCUUGGCUCGGGCACUAAGGGUACCUAUACGGACGAAAACGGAGUGUUGAAUUAUCUGGAGGUUUGUGAACUGCUCAAAGCAGGAGGAUGGACGACGGUGUGGGAUGGCACUCAGAAGGCCCACUAUGCGUACAAGGACAACGUGUGGGUAUCCUAUGAGAGUACCACUUCACUGGAAGCUAAAAUCUAUCUGGCUAAGCAAUAUCAGAUCGGGGGAAUCGGAGUUUGGGCUGCCGAAGGCGAUGAUGUAAGGAACAUCUGCGGAGGAGGACCGUUUACCUUGCUUAGAUUUGUCAGUGAAGGCCUGGAAAUAUCAAAUGAGGAGGGUGUAACUACUCCUGGUGUGACAACAACAACAAAGACGACGACGACGACAACAGCAAAACCAACUACCACCACGACUCCACUGCCAACUGGACUCCCGCAAAUUUGUCCCAGCAGUGGAUUCGUCCGGGAUCCUGUCCGGUAUCAGUACGGCCGUCUAAUCAUCUCCGGGUCCGAGUUAUCGGACCGAAAGUUAUCCAGCAACUGUGCUUGUCGGGUCGUCACCAAAGCACCUAGCAAGGAUUGCCCUCUCGUUGCCGUGAAAGCGUGGACUGUUAGUUCCAGCAGCAAGUCGACCAUUGUGGCCGCCAACCACCGCUGUUACCAGGCCAAGCCGCCCACGUACCGACCAGGUACAGCGAUCAUCCCCGGUUCUACUUCCACGGAUUGCCCGUUCGUCGGUCGCCCUCCCGCCGGCCUUCCACCGGCGCCAUAG